UCCCUGUUUCAGCACAGCCCGGAAAGUAGGCAGGCUAGGGAGACAGACAGCAAAGAGAAAAGAGGAGGGGUACCAGUGAGGGAGGGAGAGAGAGGGGCUAUUCUCUGAUUUCAAACAUAGGAUUGCUGUGCUGAAGAUCCCAGCUGCUCUGAGAUUUACUGAGGACUAUUGGUUUGAGCAACCUCGUCCAGCCCAACACAGCAAUUUUUGGCGCGACCAGUGGCAUGAGUUUGGGGGGCUUGCUGACUCUGGGCUAGCUGUGUGAAUUGAGAGUACCACAAAGCAGCCAGCAUGUCGAAGAGCGAUCCCCGAGACAUUGACGAGGAUGCCAUCCUCAGGGGUCUCAGUGCAGAGGAGUUGGAUCAGCUUGAGUAUGAACUGCAGGAAAUGGAUCCAGAGAAUGCCAUGCUCCCAGCCGGGUUCCGCCAGCGUGACCAGACAAAGAAAAGUCCGACAGGCCCCUUCGAUCGCUUUGCCCUAAUGGAUCACUUGGAGAAGCAGGCCAUGGAACACAAUGACAGAGAUGACCUGGUGCCUUUUACAGGCGAGAAGAGAGGUAAAGCAUUUGUCCCUAAACCCGGGACAGGACAAAUCCCUGAGGAGGAACAGAUCACUCUGGAACCUGAGCUUGAGGAGGCACUGAAGAAUGCAACAGAUGCUGAAAUGUGUGACAUUGCAGCCAUCCUGGGGAUGUACACACUCAUGAGCAACAAGCAGUAUUAUGAUGCCCUGAACACCACUGGCAAGAUUGCCAACACAGAAGGCAUCAACAGUGUAGUGAAACCAGAUGUGUAUAAGGAAUAUCCAGACGAACCACCUAAUGACACAAAUGUGGAGGACACUCUUCACUGCAUCCAGAAAAAUGACAGCAGGUUGACAGAGGUUAACCUGAACAACAUCCCGGACAUUCCCAUCCCAACCCUGAAAGAGAUUUUUGAAGCCAUGAAGCGUAACACACAUGUAUUGAGCCUCAGCAUCGCUGGGACACGCAGUAAUGAUCCUGUGGCAUAUGUAAAUACUAAAGCUGUAGCUGAGAUGUUACAGUCUAACACUACCCUGCAGAGCCUCAACAUUGAGUCUAACUUCAUCACUGCACAAGGCAUGAUGGCCAUCAUCAAGGCACUGGGUGAGAACUCCACCCUGACUGAGAUUAAGAUUGAUAACCAAAGACAUAAACUGGGUGACUCAGUUGAGAUGGAGAUUGCAUCCAUGUUGGAGAACAAUCCCAGCAUCAUCAAGAUUGGCUAUCACUUCACUCAACAAGGUCCACGAGCAAGAGCUGCAAUUGCCAUCACCAGAAACAAUGACAUCCUUCGUCUGCAGAGAGUAGGAUGAAAGGAGGACUGAGUUACUCAUCUCUGAGGUAUCAAAGCGUUCAAAGUGAUGUACUGGAGUCCCAGACACCCCAUUAACAGCCAGGACAACCCCUAUCAAUGGCUAUUGAGGAUAUCAUUAUCGCCAGCUUGCUAUGUUUAUUUCUGUUUGUGGAUUUCAUCAAAUGAAAUGCUCUGAUCUAAUAAACUUUUACAUGCUCCUCAA